AUGCAUGAGACCAACAGAUCCAGUCCUACACCAAGAUACUUCAUUCUCAGUGGGAUUCCUGGGCUGGAAUCUGCACACAACUGGAUCUCCCUGCCAUUCUGCUUCAUGUACAUUAUUGCUGUCACAGGAAACUGUGGGCUUAUCUAUCUCAUCAGCCAUGAGGAGGCCCUGCACCGGCCCAUGUACUACUUCCUAGCCUUGUUGUCCCUUACAGAUGUUACCGGGUGCACUUCAUUUGUCCCCAAUAUGUUAUGUAUCUUUUGGUUCGAUCUCAAGGAGAUCGACUUUAAUGCCUGCCUUGUGCAGAUGUUUUUCAUUCACAUGCUGACAGGGAUGGAGUCUGGUGUGCUCAUGCUUAUGUCUUUAGAUCGCUAUGUGGCCAUUUGCUAUCCUCUACGCUAUUCCUCUAUCCUUACUAACACUGUAAUUACCAAAGUUGGGCUUGCCACCUUCAUUAGAAGUGUGCUGCUCAUAAUUCCAUUUACUUUCCUGAUCAAGCGUCUUCCUUACUGUAGGGGCAAUCUCAUCCAGCACACUUAUUGUGACCACAUGUCUGUAGCCAAAUUAUCUUGUGGCAAUGUCAAGAUUAAUGCUAUUUAUGGUCUUAUAGCUGCCGUAUUGAUUGGGGGGUUUGAUAUGUUCUGUAUCUCCAUGUCUUACACCAUGAUUAUCCAUGCUGUAGUGAAUUUGUCAUCUGCAGAUGCUCGCCACAAAGCCUUCAGCACGUGUACUUCACACAUAUGUGCCAUUGUCAUUACUUAUGUCCCAGCCUUCUUCAACUUCUUCACUCACCGCUUUGGGGGACGCACCAUACCUCACCAUGUUCACAUUUUUAUAGCCAAUCUCUACCUGUUGCUGCCUCCCACCUUAAAUCCAAUUGUCUAUGGAGUGAAGACCAAGCAGAUUCGUGAAGGAGUAACCAAAUUUUUUUAUAGAGAGAAAGAUAUUUUGAAUAUGAGAUAG